AUGCGCUUCCGCUUCGGGCUGGUGGUGCCGCGGGAGCUGGCCGCGCCCGGGCGGGACCUGCGGGUCGUGGGGUCGCGGCCCGAGCUGGGCGCGUGGGACCCGGGGCGGGCCGUGCGUCUGAAGCCGGCGGGCCUGACGGCGAGCGCCGGGGCGCUGGCGCUGCCCGAGCCGGGCCUCUGGGUCGGGGAGGCGGAGCUGGCGGCCGAGGAGGCGGAGGCGGAGGCGGAGGCGGAGGCGGAGGCGGAGGCGGAGCGGGGCCGCGUGGGCCAGUUCUGGUUCAAGUUCGUGCUGCGGGAGCCCUGCGGCGAGUUCACGUGGGAAGGCUCUGGACCUCACCAUGACCGUUGCUGUUCUUAUGAUGAAAACAACUUGGUGGAUGGUGUUUAUUGUCUCCCAAUAGGACACUGGAUUGAAGCCAGUGGGCACACCAAUGAGAUGAAGCACACGGGAGACUUCUAUUUUAAAAUCGCAUCCCACCAAGCCAUGCAUUAUUCAAGAAUUCUACCAAAUAUCUGGCUGGGCAGUUGUCCCCGCCAAGUGGAACAUAUAACCAUCAAACUGAAACAUGAAUUGGGAAUUACAGCUGUAAUGAAUUUUCAGACAGAAGAGGAUAUUGUACAGAAUUCUUCAGGCUGCAAUCACUCCCAAGAACGCAUGACUGCAAAUAUGCUGAUGAAACUGUAUAAAAAAGAAGGUUUGGCCUACAUCUGGAUGCCAACUCCAGAUAUGAGCACUGAAGGCCGAGUGCAGAUGCUGCCCCAGGCCGUGUGGCUCCUGCAUGGGCUCCUGGAGAAUGGACACACAGUGUACGUGCACUGCAAUGCUGGGGUGGGCCGCUCAACUGCUGCCGUGUGUGGCUGGCUCCGGUAUGUGCUGGGCUGGAAGCUGAGGAAGGUGCAGUACUUCCUCGUGGCCAAGAGACCGGCUGUGUACAUUGAUGAAGAUGCCUUGACCCAGGCCCAAGAAGACUUUUAUCAGAAGUUUGGCAAAGUUUGUUCUUCCAAAUGUACCGUAUAGUUGUGCCAUCUGCUUCUUUCCCUUGUCCUUUCCUCAGGGGCUUAAGGGGGCUUUUGGUGUCAUGACCUAGAAACAGAUUCUGCUUGAAUUGAAAAGACUGUGGUUAUACCUGAUUCUUUCCCUUUAGUCUAGGGCUGACUUUCUGGUAGGCUUUGCUUGGGCUUGCCAUUGAUGUUUCUACAAAGGAAGCCGUGACUUGUGCAUGAAAACAUGCUCCAAGCAGGUGGGCCCUUCCAUGUGAAAAGAGUAAUGCUUGCAGUCCAGUGACAGGGGUAAUGCUUCCAGGCCCUGUUGUCUUCUGGCAGACCAGCCCCUCUGCUUUACAAACAUUGCCUUUGUUGGCUUCUCAGUGUACCAUGGUUUCUCUUUGUUGCUUGGCUCCAUGGUAUGCAGAAAGAAAGGACAGAAGCUAUAUAGGUUUCAUUAUUUGUGUUUUUGUCACACACAUGUGCGUGUGCACAUAUACCCUUUCCCGCAUCCCUCCUCCAACAUGCCUACUUUUAAGAUCUCCCAGGAGCAUGGAAUGAUGGCCCUGUGGAUACUGUUUGCUUUCUGCUUCACUGUGGUUGAUGUAGUUCUGAAGCUUCCAGGCUCACAGGGGAUUUUAGCACUGACUCACUUGGGAAGCAGUGAAACUAAGAUGUGAUCCAAUGAUGCUGUUUUGUUACCAGCCCUGGAGUAGCCCAAAGGCAUCAAGGCCAGACUCCUUUGUAGCUGCAGAAGCAGGACUGACAAGACUACCUGGCCCCUGUGCCAUUGCAGUGCCAGCCAGCCCAGAGAAGAAUAGGGCCCAUGGGAGAGGACUCACCCAGAGAAACAGAAAACUAUGAGAGGUAGAACAA